GAGAGAGAGCAACAAACUCAACUAUCGCAAAAGUGAAAAUCAGACAGUGUCAGUAGUGAACGCUGCUUUUCAACGCUGCGCUUUUACUCCGCGGAUCCGCAUUUUACUGCCAUCAACAAACACGCGCUUCUGUUUCAAUUUCAAUCCUGAAAAUAAAGAUCAAAACAACACGGCUUGUAUCAGCUGGCAUUGGCAUGAGCUAACCCGAUCAGACAUGGAAACCAAGCCAUUCUUAUCACUGGGGUUCCUGAAACCCCAGUGCUCGCUGGCGCCGCCCCCACAGAGAGGCCGCUCGGGGGAAUCCUGCUCCUGUUUCAGCGGCAUGUGUCCUCUCCAUCAGCGCAGACUCUCCACAGCAAAGCCUUCAUAUCACUUCCAUGAUGAAGCAUUUAACGACUCGGGUCAGGUGACCCCAUCUCCUCUGAGCUCUCCCACGUCACACCGGCCCAUGCAUCCUCCCCUGCUGAGUCCGACCUCCAUCGGAGCCUCAGGAUCCCUGCACUCACCCAUCAGCACACUCAGCUCGCCAAUGAACGGUCUCGGCUCUCCCUUCUCCGUCAUCAGCUCUCCCAUGGGUCCGCACUCCAUGGCAUCUCCCGGCAUGGCCUACGGCCCCAGUGUAAGCCCACAGAUGUUACAGUUGAACUCGCCUAUGAACUCCGUCAGCAGCUCAGAAGACAUCAAGCCACCGGUGGGCAUUAACGGCAUGAUGAAGGUGCCAGCGCAGUCCUCGGGGACCCCUCUGUCUCUCACCAAACACAUAUGCGCUAUCUGCGGAGAUCGCUCAUCUGGUAAACACUACGGCGUCUACAGCUGCGAAGGCUGCAAGGGGUUCUUUAAGAGAACAGUACGGAAGGACCUGACCUACACCUGCAGAGACAACAAGGACUGUGUGAUCGACAAGCGCCAACGAAACCGCUGCCAAUACUGUCGCUAUCAGAAAUGCCUGGCAAUGGGCAUGAAGAGAGAAGUUUUUUUGCAUACAGCCGUUCAGGAGGAGCGGCAGCGAGCCAAGGAUCGAAAUGAGAAUGAGGUCGAGUCAAGCAGCAGCGCCAACGAGGACAUGCCUGUGGAGAAGAUCCUAGAGGCCGAACUCGCCGUCGAGCCCAAGACCGAGACGUACAUCGAGACCAACCUGGGCAUGCCGUCCAAUUCGCCCAAUGAUCCAGUCACUAACAUCUGCCAGGCAGCAGACAAGCAGCUCUUUACCCUGGUGGAAUGGGCCAAGAGGAUCCCACACUUUUCUGAACUGCCCCUGGACGAUCAAGUCAUCCUGCUGAGAGCAGGCUGGAACGAGCUGCUCAUUGCAUCGUUCUCGCACCGCUCCAUAGCCGUAAAAGACGGCAUUCUGCUAGCCACAGGGCUCCACGUGCACAGGAACAGCGCCCACAGCGCCGGCGUCGGAGCCAUCUUCGACAGAGUGCUCACAGAGUUGGUGUCAAAGAUGAGGGACAUGCAGAUGGAUAAAACAGAGCUGGGCUGCCUACGAGCCAUAGUGCUGUUUAACCCAGACUCCAAAGGACUGUCAAACCCCAGUGAGGUGGAGGCUCUAAGAGAGAAAGUUUAUGCCUCUCUGGAGGCGUACUGCAAGCAGAAGUACCCUGAUCAACCCGGGAGGUUUGCGAAGCUGUUGCUGCGGCUGCCUGCGCUGCGUUCUAUUGGCCUCAAGUGUCUCGAACACUUGUUCUUCUUCAAGCUCAUCGGGGACACGCCCAUCGACACCUUCCUCAUGGAGAUGCUGGAAGCACCCCAUCAAAUGACGUAAACAUAUCAAAGAGGAAGAGGAAAAGAGGAAGCUAGCCCCUCCUCCUUAACUUAACAAGACUGAUCAUGUGACGUUACACACAGGAGAGGGGAUCAGUGUCUCGUAACGCGCCCCAAAGGGCCUCUUUUUUUUAUACCUUGUAUAAAGAUAUAAAUAAAAUAUUAAUAAUUGUGAGUGGGACUCAAAGGCAACAAACAAUACAGGACAUGAUGAUAACAUGAUGAACCAUAAGUUCGUGUUUGGUUAAAUGUAAAAAGAAAAAAAAAAAAGAAAGGAAAAAACACAACAUGAGUUCUUAAGACAGAAGGAUUGCUGGAAGUGUCAGGGGACCGUGAAGCUGGUCUGGAGAACGACAGGACCGAGGCCGUGGAGAUGAUCUUGACUACAGGAGAAGGAAAGCGAAGGACGAGCUUCACGGCAAGGCUUCAACAGCCUCAACAACAACCGGCUUCAGGCGUCUAAAGAGAAGCGCACUCAGAGAUGGAGUAUUGGACGUCGACGUAAUCAUGACGACGACGAUGAGGAUGAAAACGGCGAGCUUUUAGAGCAGGAGAAUCAAGCACUAUGUAAAAACUGGGAAACAUUUAUGGCUUUGAGUGAAAACUCUUGGAUUAUUGAAUGCUUGGCUGUUACUGACUUUCUGUUCUUCAGCAGACUGAUAAACAAUACCGUCCCACUGUUUCAACCGUAUCUCGUGAGGGGACAGGAAGCAAAAAACAUGUUGGUUGUAGUGACUCCGCUCACAACUCUGCUUGACUUUUCACUGUGUCUCGGUUCCCGUCCGGACGUACACGGAUAUUUUUGAUCACGUAGUUUUUGCCUUCUUUGUGUUUUAACCUCCUGUCCACACAAAAGAUACACGUUGGGUCACUGGAUAUAAAGCUUCAAAAUUUCACGCUUUCAUGUGGAUCUGAAACACACCGUGAGAUUGUGCUGCUUGUUGAGCACGUGUUGCUGACCAGAUUUACCUGUUCGGGCUAUAAUUUCAAAUAUGAUGAUAUGACGUGAUGAUAAUAUAAUUUCAGAUAUUUGCAUUUCACCUAGGAAGGCACAGUGGCUUAGUUGUUAGCACGUUUGCCUCACACCUCCAGGGUCGGGGUUCAAUUCCCGCCUCCGCCUUGUGUGUGUGGAGUUUGCAUGUUCUCCCCGUGCCUCGGGGUUUCCUCUGGGUACUCCGGUUUCCUCCCCCGGUCCAAAGACAUGCAUGGUAGGUUAAUUGGCAUCUCUGGAAAAUUGUCCGUAGUGUGUGAUUGCGUGAGUGAAUGAGAGUGUGUGUGUGCCCUGCGAUGGGUUGGCACUCCGUCCAGGGUGUAUCCUGCCUUGAUGCCCGAUGACACCUGAGAUAGGCACAGGCUCCCCGUGACCCGAGGUAGUUCGGAUAAGCGGUAGAAAAUGAAUGAAUGAAUGAAUGCAUUUCACCUUCUCUAAUGUUCUUUCUGAGGCGAUUGUCAUAACAUUUUUGACAUAUUAUGGCUACCUACAGGGUUUGUGUGGUCAUGUGAGACAUGAGGACGGAAAGAUUUUCGAAAACACUGUCUGGACAAACAUUCUUUCGAGAACACGGUGUGAGCAGAGAUACAUAUUCAAAAACAAUGUUGGUGCAAACUAAUUUUUGUUCAAAAAUACUGAAACUACCGAAACAAUCGUUUGUGUGGACAGAUUAUUAUUUUUUUUUUAACAGAGGGAUAAAAACUACGUUUUCAAAAACCAUCCAUGUACAUAUGGGCAGGGCCUCUCAAAGAAGUCCAGUCACUAAAGCAGGUCUUUUGCGGUACAUGAGUUCACAUCCCUCAUAGUCAAACCCAGGUUUGGGACGACGCAUCACUCGUACACAACGUUACUGCCACACUCAGUAUUCAUUUCUGUUUCACAACAUGUAAUUACCUCUUUCACUCCUCAGUCGUUGGUCCCUGAAACCCUUACUCUCGACGAAAACGCCUCACAGUUGACGCAGCUGACCUUAUGAGGAUGUUCUUGUUUGUUAGCACUUAACCUUGUAUUCUGAGCCUUAGCUGGUUAAUGGGCUCUUGAAGGGAACAGGGGCCAAUGACCCUCCACAACCUGCACUUCUCUGGGCAAAACAAGUGUCGUUUAAGAUUGUUUUGAGUCUGAAAUUUCCUGAGCUUUGUAAUGUUCCUAUAUUCUCCAUCUUUAAUUCUUUUUUUUUUCCCCCCCUAACGCUGCUGCUGCUGCUGCUGAACUAUGCAUCUUAGCAUUAUUUCCAAAGACUGCCCAUGGUGAGGUCGCUAUUUUUUUUUUUCAUUUCAAAGUCUUUACAGCACACCAAACCAACCCUGAGCCUCAGUCUAACUUUUAUUCCGAGGUUAAGAGGGGAGCAGGACCAGGGUUUGGUGACCCGGUGCUAAUGUGUAUGCAUACAGAACUCCUUUAUUUGCAGUGAGGAAAUGAGAAAGCUGUGAGAGACUUCCCCCUAGUGGACGACAUGCAGCACUGCAGAAUUACUUGAAGGAUUUCAUUUGGGGGGAAAAUGGCACUUUUUCAAAGUAUAUCUUUCCUUCAGCUGGACAAAGGGGUGGAGAACAUCAGUGCAUGAUUUAUUGAUCAGUUAAUAGAAUUAACUGAGAUUUAUUAGCAGAUAAAUGAUCCUCUUUUGAACGGGGAACUGUUUUUCUUGCUAGAUUUUAGUAGCCAGCAAUGAAAAGAGGCUUGAACACAGGAAACAGGAUUUCUGAGGGGAAAAGUUGCAAAAAAAUUCAUUAAUUAAUUAGAAAAAUGAUCCACUGAACCAAAAUUUGAAUCAGUUAAUCAAGUAAACAAUUAUAAAUGACUUCUAAUUUGUCCUUUAGUUUUUGCACUGUAGCUAAGAUGCUAAUCUAGUUGACAAGAAAUGGCACCCAAUAUCUUUUCCUCAGAAAAUGUUAUUUGCACAUUUACGGAUGUGCUUAGGACAUAUUUUACUUUAUUAGUGUAUCAGAAAAAAAAAAAGAACAAGAACAGUACAUUAAUAUGUAGAUGAAUUGUGCCACAUUGCCGGCUAAUUUUUUUGUCUCGUCUGACUCCUUUUUGACAAUCCAGAAGAAAAUAGAUAUGGAAAUAAACCAAGUCAACAAAGUCUUAUGUUAUUUACCACCUGAAUGUAAUGUUUUACACAAGAACACGUCAGGUGACAGGCGAUACACGUGUAAACGUCAUUCUUUAGCUGUGUGAAGAGUUCAGCAUGUGCUUCUGAAAAAAGAAAGGAUUUUGGGUGCUUUAGCAAUAGUAGCUUUGUAGCGCCGGUGCAAAACUAAAGAAUCUUCAGACACUAAACAUGUCUUUCUAAAUCAUGUCUCUUUUUUUUUUCCUUAAACCAGAGAAACCAACCUAAAUCAGAUUACUCCUUAACAUCUGCUGAAAAACUGUCCGUUAUUCAGAUUUGUGGAUAAAACCCAGAAGCACCUUCAGUCUUAUAUUUGGGAAAUGGACGACUUUUUUUUUUUUUUUUUUUAACGUGAUCAGGUCUUAAGGGAAGGAUUGUCACACCACAGGGAUCCUGAAGCCAUAUACAGAUUUGUGAAAUCAGUAAGAACAAAGACAAGCUCUCCUGCAGCGUACACAAGUCCUCUGAACUAAAAGAUCGACAUCGUAAAUGCUUUAUAUAUACCGUAAAGCUAUAUUUUGUCUAUAUGUACAUGUGUAUAUAUUUAGAAAUUUAAAUAUAUAGAGAUUUAACAAAAAUCCUUUCCUUAAAUGUUUUCAAUGUUUCAAUGUUAGCAAGGAGAGAGAGAGAGAGAAGGAGAGAGAGAUAGAGAGAGAGAGAGAGAGAGAGAGAGAGAGAGAGAGAGAGAGAGAGAGAAAGUGCUUCAGUAACAUCUACUAAAUAAAAACAGGACUAAUUGCACUGUGUAAUGUUCAGAAAGGUUCUACGAGUGUUUAUAUAUAAAUAUAAAAAUUGCUGAAGUACUAGCAGGUCUGAGCGCUAACACCUGAUCACGCACCAGCUCCUUCACUGUUUUACAAUCACAAUCAUCCUUAUGAGACCUCAAGAACUGCGACGAUGAAGCCAAAAAAAAAAAAAAAAAAUCUACCGUGAGGCAAAGACGAAGCUCAGCUGUGUGUAUAUACAACGUGGCAAUCCUCAAAAAACGGGUUUUUCAGGUGCAUUUUUUAAAACCUGAAUCUUUUCAGCUAUCAAUUAGUGAUAAUCAGGAAAGCCUUUGAUUAUGAUUAUGAUUACGAUUACGUAAUGUAAUGAAAUGAAAUACGCAUUGUGAUCCGAAUCGACUCCAUGAGUUCUGAAAUAAAGGAGAUUGAAAAAAUUCUAAUCGCCUGACGAGCAUGAUCUUUUGACCGUAACACAAUCACUUGUUUAGUUGCUACAAAAGAAGAGACAUCUAAAAAGAUCUAUUUUUGUACAAUUGUAAUUUUAUCUCUUGCUUACUGUAAGUCUCUUCAUGCCGCCCUUCAUACCUCCUUUCGUGGGCGUUUGUAUACGUCGUGUAAACGUUGAUUUGAUAUGCGAAAGAGUGGAAAAACUCAGAUCUAUAUAAAAGUCGGGGACAGGAAAGGAGAAGUCUCCGGUGAAACCCCUUUGCAGCUUUUGCCUGUACUUUCUUUUUUUGUUGUUGUUGUUGUUGUUUUCUUUUUUCAUCCGUCACUGAGUGUCAGGAUCCUCUGCCUAUUUUUUUUGUCUGUUUUUAAGAUGUUAUUUGUGCUUUGUUCGUUGUUGUUCUUUCAUGAGAAUAGGAAAAAAAUUAAAGUUUAAAAUGAUGAAA